GUCAAAGAGAUCAAUGAGAAUCCCAACAUUUUAUCAAACAUUUCCCUGGGAUUUCACAUCCUCAAUAGCUACUACUCUACAAAGAUGACCUACAAGGCCACUCUGAGCCUGCUUUCGUCACAACAUAGGUUUGCCCCCAACUUCAAUUGUCACAAGAAGAGCAAUCUGAUAGCUCUUAUUGGAGGAUGCAUCUCUGAAAUUUCUACCAAUGUGGCCAUAAUUUCAGCCAUUCACAAGACUCCACAGGUCCAUCAACUUCUAAAGAGGGUUUCCUUUAACAACAGUGCUGGAGACAUUGUGCACUUUGAUGACAAUGGAGAACUAGUUUCAGGUUUUGAUAUUACAAACUGGCUAAUGUUCCCUAAUGGCUCAGUGGUUAGAGUAAAAAUUGGAAGACUGGAACCUCAGGCUCCCCAGGGCACAAAGUUAUCUAUUCAUGAUGAACAAAUUGUGUGGCAUCAUAGCUUUAAUCAGGUGCUGCCCUUGUCUGUGUGCAAUGAAAAUUGCAAUCCUGGCUACAGCAGGAAAAAGAAAGAAGGAGAGAAAUUUUGCUGCUAUGAUUGUGCUCUAUGUCCAGAAGGGAUGAUCUCUCAUGAGAAGGACAUGGAUGCCUGUGUCAAAUGUCCAAAAGAACAGUAUCCCAACAAGGACCAAAGUCAAUGCAUUCCAAAGGAUGUGAACUACCUCUCUUACAAAGAAGAUUUAGGGAUCAUCUUAACUAUAUUGGCGAUUUCUUUCUGUUUGAUCACAAGCUUAGUACUUGGAAUUUUUAUGAAGUACAAGGACACUCCCAUAGUCAAAGCCAACAACCGAAUGCUCACCUACAUCCUCCUCAUCUCCCUUCUCCUUUGCUUCCUCUGUGCUUUGCUCUUCAUUGGACAGCCUGGAAAGGUGACUUGUCUUCUCCGACAAACAGCUUUUGGCAUUGUCUUCUCUGUGGCCCUUUCCUCUGUGUUGGCAAAGACUAUCACUGUGGUUCUGGCAUUCAUGGCAACCAAACCAGGAUCUAGAAUGAGGAAAUGGGUGGGGAAAGGACUAUCAAAUUCUAUUGUCCUUACCUGCUCCCUCAUUCAAUCAGGAAUUUGUAUUCUUUGGUUAAGUACAUCUCCCCCAUUUCCUGAUAAAGACAUGCAUUCAAUGAAGGGUGAAAUCUUACUAGAAUGUAAUGAGGGUUCUGUUUCCAUGCUUUACUGUGUUCUGGGCUAUAUGGGUUUCCUAGCCACUGUCAGCUUCAUUGUAGCUUUUCUUGCCAGGAAGUUGCCAGACAGUUUCAAUGAAGCCAAAUUUAUCACUUUUAGCAUGCUGGUGUUUUGCAGUGUGUGGUUAUCCUUUGUUCCAACCUACCUGAGCACCAAAGGAAAAUACAUGGUGGCCGUGGAGAUCUUCUCCAUCUUGUCUUCCGGUGCUGGAUUACUGGGUUGCAUCUUUUCCCCAAAAUGCUACAUUAUUCUGCUGAGGCCUCAGCUGAACAACAAGGAGCAACUAAUAAUAAGAAAAAGUGAUAGAAUAUAA